CACAGGCGGAUUUUGAAUUGGAGUGUGCAUAGCCUGCUUGCGCUGGUAGCGAGCCGGGCUGUCAACCUUCUGCACUCUAACCGCCAACCAGAGGCGCUGCAGCGGACGGGCGUGCAGCAACUGCGUGCACAAAGAGCGUUGUCAACUUGUUGUCCUCGCUCGCAGGCCUGCCCGACAGCGAGCAGUGAAUGGGGAGAGCGAGCCGCGUGCUGCUGUGACUGCUCCCCGGUCAACCGCGGUCAUCGUUGCGGAAGGCGAGGAAGGAAGGCGAUCUCAGGGCCAUUGCUCGUCACCGCACGCACGCAGAGCACUGAUUGCUCCUGCAGGCUGGCUGGCACAGGUCAACAGUGGGGCCUUCCCCUCCACCCAAGCACAGCAAAACCGAAACUAUUCUCGACGCCCGCUCUGGUACGCUCCCACCGCUUGCAUUGACAUCUGAGACCUGCAUUCUUCCCCAAUCGAGCAUCGCUCCCCAAACCGCUGCCUGCCUCAAACCGGACUCGACCCUCCCACAGCCGCCUCGUCGAUCGCACGGGGAGGCGGGUAUAUCCCUCUGGGUGCGCCUGAGCCGGGAACCCAGCUGCGCUCCACGCUCCGCCCACAGGUCUGGGUGCGGCAACGGUGGUCGAUCGAGGAAUCAAAGGCUUCACCACACGACAAUCUAGGAAUCGAGCACCCGGCUUGCGACAACGUGAUCUUUCCCCCAUUCUGCCAGCAUCGACGGCAGGGCGCGGCAAGAGGUCAUUUAGUCGCAUAUUAUUGCGCAACAGACGUUGCAGGAGAAGCAGGUGCCAUUUGCCGAACGAGGUGCUCAGAGCUUCAGACUGUGGUCCGACGAUUGUACAAUAACUGGCCACUCGACUUUCCAACAGCUCUCAAUCUCCAUGUCGAGUGGAACGAACCACAAACCUUCGUCUCGUUGCCCACACUCUCAUCACGUAUUCAGCUGACUUGCGAGCAACGCUGGACGCCCUUCCACCGACAGACUUUCUGCACGUGGGGUAUACCUGACCAUCAUCACAACUAUUACUGGAGUCACGCCCUGGAAGCUUUCUGGUUCACCAGUUGCCCACCUAACCCUCCACUUUACUGCCACCGACGCCGUACAAAGUUGGGUGGCCGAUCGCCUUCCUCCACGUAGCAGCUUCGGUGCAUUUUGAAUCAACGUCUACCGCUUCCUUCAUCUCUCUCAAGAGCUUCGUUCUAGGACCAAUCUUCACACCCUCUGGUUGCAUUCUCACACGAGCCACCGGAAACUUCACUGCUUUCAAUCGUCUGGCCGACCUGACUUGGGCUCGGCGGAACGCAACAUGAUGGCGCGAGAUCAGAUUCGGCUCGAAGUACGACAGGAACCGAAGAGGGCACAGGUCGUACAAGAGAACAACCCCAAGAACCGCAAGCCCAUCGACCCUCCGCCGAUCAUCGAGCUCAAGUACAACGAUCGUGACGACCCGAACAACGCGCAAUGGCUCGUCAGCCCUCGAACGUUCAUGAUGGUCACCUUGAUCUCUGUGAAGGAUGAACACGAGCAACCGCCAGGAAAACUCCUGAUAGGGCAGACCGUGUCAUCGCUACACCGAUUGAAGGACAUCAACAACAAGGAUGGAGGCUUCUUCGUCUUCGGCGACAUAUCGGCAAAGAAGCUGGGCCAGUACAAGUUGCGCUUCAGUUUGUUCGAUACCAACAAGGAAACCGAUGAGGUCGUCUUUCUAGGCUCUAUCGACUCUGCCGAAUUCCCGGUCGUCGCUCAAAGAGACUUCGGAAGCAUGUCGGAGUCUACGCACCUAACGCGUACAUUUUCGGAUCAAGGUGUCAAGCUUCGUGUGCGCAAGGACAAUCGAGCAAUAUCGAGCAUCAGCGGCCAGAAGCGCGCAUACAACGGAUCUCCACCUGACACCACAUCGCCUUCUGUGCACUCCACCAUGCAUGGAGGCGCAGUACAAGACUAUCACUACAACACUACAGCGCAGUCGCCAGCAGUCAAGCGACAUCGAUCUUCAAGCGAAUACGACAGCUCCAUGUACCAGAAUUCUUCGAUAGCAGAUACACCGAACUCGACUUACGCCGGCUCGCUGCCAAGCAGCACGCGCUACGCGAUGGGAAAUAACGAGUACCAACGCGGUUACGGGAGCUACGGGGGCCAAUAUUCGCCGAAUACGCUGGGUAUGGGUGGUCGGUCGAUGGGUAUGCAGUCCGCGGGUUGGCAAGGGAUACAGCAGAAUAGCGCGCUUCCCUCACCGACCGCGAGUGUGACUGUCAGUGCACCACAACAAAGCCCAUAUCCAACCACGACCAGCCAGCAGUCCACCAUGUUCGGCGAUCCAGGAGGAGUGAGCACCAUCCCGAGGAACUCUUACCCUAGCAGCUCUUAUCCGUAUCCUCAGCAAGCUCACUAUUCGAGCCAGCCAUCGUCGGAUGGGCAUCACUACCCAGAGUUGCAAAUGCCGGGAAGCUCCAUCUCAGAUAGCAACUCGUUGUCUUCAGGACCGGGACAUCCGUACAACACAGCUUACCUGCAGGCAAAUGGCUUGUACGGCUCGGAAGCGCCAGAGUCGUCGGGCGGAUAUGCAUAUGCAGAUUCGCAAACGCGUGCCUAUUAGGAUCCGGAAACACGUACUCAUGGUAGUUUCCGACCAUGGUAACCGCAGCGAGAGCCUUGAUGGCUCGCUGGGCGCAUUGCCAUCUGUUGCAUCAGACCGGUCUUGCUUUCGGGGCUACAGCACAUGGUUGACUCAGGGUAAUAUGGUGACUUAAUCCGGAACCGACACAGCAUUUUGAUUUUACAGGGAGCGAGGGCUUGGAUCCGAUGUUUGCGCACUGGGAAGCGAGGUGUUGGUGGUAUGGGACGCGCAUUCAAAAAAAAAGGGAGGUGGAUGCAAUUGCACAUGAACCAUCAUGAUUGUACGACUCUCUGUACGGUCAACAGGACGUCCUCUACAGAUUCACUUCUUCACAUGUACAUUUUUGGAUACCAAUCAUCAUUAAACAACACUGGCU